UACGUUCGUUUGUUUAGCGGAAUAUGCAGCGCUGGAAGCUGCCAUUUUUCAUUUAGCAGAUCAUGUGCUUCGUCAUGUGACGCGUUUCGUGUUACUGUUAAUGAUAGAGUGUUCAAGUAUAUACCAUUUAUGUAAUACACAUGACAGUUUUAUCUCAAGUGAAGAUAAGUUGAUGUGAUGUCGUACAAAGUGGAACCGGUGAUUAAGCAAGUCUGUUCCUCCAUUGGAGAAGGUCCGCACUGGGACGAGGCCUCCCAAACAUUGCUGUAUGUUGACAUUAUGACAGGGGAUGUUCACCGCUGGAACUCGGUAACCAAGGAGGACACUAAACUUCAUGUUGCUGACGAGUUUGUAUCACUGAUAGUUCCAUGUGAGAAAGGUGGGUUUGUUGUCAGCACCACUCGCAGCUUGGCACAUCUCGACUGGGAGUCCAAUCAGAUGACCGUGUGGGCAGAAGUGGAACAAGAUAUGCCCACAAGAUUCAACGAUGGAAAAUGCGACACACAAGGAAGACUCUGGGCUGGCACCAUGGGUUUAGAGAAGAAGGCUGUGGGAGAACUGCCACCAAAGAUGGGUUCUCUGUAUUCAUUGAACUGUGAGCGGUCUGUAAAGAAACACGUCGACAAGAUUGACCUGUCCAAUGGCCUUGCCUGGACAAGUGACGACAAAACCAUGUUCUUCGUGGAUUCCAUUCCGCGCAAAGUGUACGCCUUUGACUUUGACGCACAGGCCGGUGAAAUUACCAAUCAGAGGACGGCCAUUGAUUUUAGUAAAGGGACGCCCUCCGACUUGGGAUGUCCAGAUGGAAUGACUAUUGACACAGAGGGAAAACUCUGGAUAGCCUCGUUUUUUGUCGGGAAGGUUUUCCGGUUUGACCCGGAGACAGGGUCGCUCCUGCAGGAGAUCAAGUUUCCGACCAGCAGAACGACGUCGGUGACGUGGGGAGGCGUCAGUCUGGACGACCUCUACGUGACGACGUCAGCAUACGGCUUCUCCGAGGAACAGAUCCGGACGACAGAGGCGCUGGCAGGCAGUGUGUUUAGAGUUACCGGGCUUGGGUGUAGGGGAAGACCAGCCAACAGUUACCAAGGAUAAAUAAGUUAUGAGACAGUUGUACAGAGUACGAUAACAAUAAAGGACUGUUUUUGUGUG